AUGGACCUGGACCUGAAUGAGGACCUGGUUGAGGACAUGUGGCUGGGCGUCUCCGUGGCCAGUCAGGGCCGACCUGGAGGGCGGGUCCUGGCGUGUGGCCAUCGGUUCGUUAAAUUCUACGGAGAAUUCAAACUCAGACACAUGAUCGGACGCUGUUAUAUCCGUGGAAACGACCUGAAGUAUGACGACUCGGACAUGCACUGGCAGAACCCACACCAGCCCUGCAGUCACCUGGGUGAUGUCAGCCGUGAGGUCAUGUGUAACAUGGGGAUUUCUGCCUCCAUCACUCAGACUGAAGUCAUCGUCGGCUCACCUGGAAGCUACGAGUGGCAAGGUAACGUGCACGUCUCGUGGAUGAACCCGCUCGUUGAAUUCGACACCCAGAGGAGCUCCUUCCCCAACCUGAAGAAAAGAAGACACAUUUAUAUAGGAUAUUCGGUCACUCAGGCCCGUCGUCUUCUCUCUCAGGAGGAUGAAACCAUCGUAACAGGAGCUCCUAAGGACAGUAAAGAAGACGCUCUUGGCUCUGUGCUGUUGGCGGUCAAACGCUCUCAACAGCUGAUCGUUAACCAGACGCUGCGCGGCGAACAGAUGGGCUCGUACUUCGGUAACGCCGUGGCAACCACAGACCUCAACAAUGACGGGUGGAACGACCUCCUGGUGGGUGCUCCUUUUUACUUCCACCGUCAGCAAGAGUGGGGCGGGGCAGUUUAUGUUUACAUGAACGCGGGAGGCGGGUUCGACCCUCGGCCCAGCGUGGUGCUGAGAGGACCGGCUGGGUCGGCGUUCGGUAUGUCGGUUGCCGCCGCCGGAGACCUCAACCAAGAUGGCUUCCAGGACUUUGCGGUCGGAGCUCCUUUCCAUGAGACAGGAAGUGUUAUGAUCUGGAGCGGGAGCAGCGAGUUGGUCUCUACAGAACCGAGCCAGGUGAUCCGGGGCAGCAGGGUCUCUCCUGGGUUCAGGACCUUCGGGUACUCUCUGUCUGGAGGGGUGGACGUUGAUGGGAACAAAUAUCCAGACCUGCUGGUCGGCUCUCUGGACGCCACCGUGGCUCUGCUCAGGACUCGUCCAGUUGUUCAACUCAAUAAAACCCUCAGUGUUUCUCCGGACAUCGUCGACCCGAACAAUUGUGACUACUGCAUUCAGGUGGAGGUGUGUUUCUCCUACAUGUUCAGUGCCGGAGAGAAGAGCGACAGAGACAACAUCACCAUUCACUUCACUGUGACCGCUGAUGUCACCAGCCUCAAGCCCCGCCUCCUUUUCCGUGACAACAGGCAGAACGUGUACUCUGGUUACCUGUCGAUGCCGAAAAAACAGUGUGAAACCUUGAGAGUGGGACUGCUGAGUUCGAUCCGGGACAAAGUGGAACCUUUGGUGUUCUCUCUGAAUGUCUCGCUGUACGAGAAGCUUCCCAAGAAAAGAAACGGUGUACAGGACCUGAAACGCUUCCCUGUGCUGAACCAGACAUCCCGGCCCAUCAAAAGCCAGAUUCACAUCCAAAAGGCCUGUGGUUCUGAUAACCAUUGCCAUAGUAACCUGCAGAUGACGGCCCAGUUCACAGAUGAGAACCAGAGACCCUUCCCCACGUGA